AAUGUGAUGAAUCUGCUAAGGGAGAAUCUGCUGCUGGUCUUCUUGUUCUGGAGUGGCAGGUGCUGGAUCAACAAGUGAGAGAAGGUUUCAGCAGCUGGGAGGAUGGUUGGAGAUGUGGGGGAAGAGUCACUAAGGCAGCAGCCGAGGCAACCAAACUGGGGUUCCUGGAAUUGCUUGUGCACAGUUUAAGAAUAACCAGACUCAUGUAGAUAAGAACAUGCACUUGCAAACACACACAUCACAUUAUGCCUGACUCAGUAACACCCAUUUCUCUCCAGCAACGGAAACUAGCCUCCUACAAGGCCACUGAAAUCAGACACUGCUCAUCCAAGAGGCAGCCUUAUCCUAUCACGCCCAUCUCCAGAGGGGUUUCAUAGAGAGAAUGCUAGUUACAUAGAACCGACUAGUUUAUUGGCCUUUGACUGAUAAGCUGAGGUGACCUCCAAACUUCAGAAGGCCGAAUCCCAUAAGGCUGUUGCUUUGACUACAUUAGUCUCUUAAGUUUACUAAAGUAGUGAUUUCCAGGCUUGUGUGAGUUGGAAAAGAAUGGACUCCAAUGCUGGAGCUGCUAGUUGUACUGGGCCCAGACACCUGGCAGCAGUGGAGACCUAGCAAUGGCGCUAACUCAGUUACUGAAGUUCUCAGGUCUGUCAUUUAAAAACUAUCUUGCUGUGAGGAUGAUCCAUGAACUAACGCUUCCUUGCAAAUUUCAUUGAUGUCCUUUGCUGAGAUGGAUGCUCUGCAUUCAGUUUGGGAUCUGCUAAUCAGGAGACCUGGGUUCCGGUUACCAGUUCUGCCAGACAUCAUGUAUGAACUUGGUCAAGUCACUUUACUAUUUGAUGACUCAGCUUCCUCGUCUGUAAAGUAAUAAUGACUACCAUCGCAGGGAAGUUGAGGCCUAACCAAUAUCUGUGAAUUGAAAGGCGUGAAAAGUAUAAAUGUCUUUGAUUGAGAAAAGGCUGGAUAUUUUUUAUUUGUUUUUUGGGGGUACACUAAAUAAUAAUUACCAGUAUUUUACUGCUGGUCUGGGCUUGAGCAAAGGAGACUGUUUUUGCCAAUUUAGUCUGCUUGGACAGGGAAUAAAUCUGGACCAUGUCCUGCCAUAAUGCUGCUACCACAAUCAGCACAUCAUAGGGUAGCUGCUCUUGGUGAGUGGGUAUCCCAAGGAAGAAGAGCCUUCAAAGGAAGAAUCUCUGGCUGGGCUGAGAAUGGGAAAUGUGCAUUGGCCCUUAAGAGUGUGGCCUACUGAGGAUGGGGUUAAGCAGUAUGGGGAGAUAGAGCCUGGUUCAGGCAUCCCAGAAGACUGUCUCACAUUCUGUGGUGGUGGUUGUGGUAGUGGGGUGGGUGUCCUUUGUCACUAAUUGAUAUCAAAGAACAGGGGGAGUUCGUAGCAUAUAGUGUUAUGAAAAGUCUCCCUCUGUAGCUCCAGGAACUAAGGGAGCUCAGCAGUGGAGACAUUGUUCACUUUUGUUUGCCAUUUUCCUCUGUGGCAGGGAAGUUGAGGGCUAUGGAGGACUCACUGAAAAGCAUUCAAAUUAUCCAAACUCUGCCCAUGCCUCCUCUGGCAUGGAACUUCUCAUGUGUAUAUCACAAAAGGGUUUCCUUUCUUCAGAGGCCUGUUAAAGGUGGGUUUCUCUGAGAACAAAGUCAUAAAUCUGGCUGUAUUAGGAGAUAAAAAUGAAGUUUGGGGAGAUGCUAAAAUAGUCAUUCUGAGAAAGCUUAGAAGGACUCUAUGCACAUUGACUGAAGCUGCUUUGUAAUGUCUGUCUGUCUACUUCCCAUAAACAUGGGACGUUACCUUUGUUUGGAAACCAACCUGGGUAGUUCUGGGGGACAAAAUAGUUACAAACCGACAUCUUCCCAGGAGUUGUCAAAGGUUUUGGACAGGGAUUGUAAAUGAUCAGUUAGUAGUUGGUCUGAGCUGCAAUAUUCCAGUUGCUGAUUUAUUUAUCCUUUAUGUUCCUCUCCUCCCAGUCUGAUGUUCCCCUGCAAGUGCCGUUGAUUAAGGAGACAAGUGACUUUGCCAGUUCUAGUGAUCAGAAUAAAUUACUAGUAACUAAUUUAUGGACCUUGCAGAAGUGCCUUUGAUGUGGUGGGCUGUGGUCUAUUGUUCAGUAAAUUGGGUUGUCAGAAAAAGUUGUUAUUACAGUUAUUGUUACAUUUUAUUGUUACAGUUCUCUCACAUAUUGGCCAGCCUUGUGGAAAUGACGAAAAUCUCUUCUCCUACCAGCAGAAUGUCAUGAUGGUUCUGAGUAAGAGGGUGAUGAACUCUCUCCCUACCAGUAGUGACUGUAAAAAGGACAUUUCAGAAACCCUUUAAAGAGACAUGGAUGUUGAAAGAAUCAUUCAAGACUCUCUGACGUGCUUCAUCCAGUCCCACAUCCCUGAUGCCGAUCUUAGCGGCAUGGAUGAAGUCGUCUUCUCCUACAUCGCUAGUGUCCUGGAAGAACUAGGUUCACCAGAAUCAUCCGAGGAGAACUUUGAUAUGGAUGCCUUUGUGGAAAUGAUGGAGGCGUAUAUCCCUGGCUUUGCAGAAAUCAACAGCGGGAACAUUUGUGAAAUGAUGUUUGCCCUCUCGGAAAGGCUCAGCGAAGCUCACAACAAAGGAAAGGUUUGCCAAAAGGCUGUGGAGAGCAUGAGCAGAGCCCCUGCUGAAGAGCUGAACCAGAGCAAAGAGCAGGGGGAAGGAGCUUCUGAUGAGAGGAGGCUGCAUAUACCAGCAGAGGGAGCCAUAGCUCAGGGAGCAGAAGGUGACCUGAAGGAUAGGGUGGAGCUGCUCCUGGAGAUGUUCCCAGCCUGCACCCUCAGCCAGGCUCAAAAGGCGCUGGCCAUGGUGCUGGGAAACCUGGAAGAGGCGGUGCAGUUACUGGUGGAAGAGAAGGUGGAACCUGGCCCAGGGGGCGCUAACCUGAAGGAGACAGCAAGGCCCCACCAAGCACCCAAACAAGAGGAUCUCAAACGAUUUAUCUUACAGAAAUACAUGAUGGUGGACAGCGAGGAGGACCAGAAAACACACAGGCCGGUGCCACCAAAGGAGGCUCCCAAGAAACUGAUCCGCUACAUUGACAACCAGGUGGUGAGUACAAAGGGAGAAAGGUACAAAGACAUUAAGAAGCCAGAGAGUGAGGAGAUGAAGAGAACUUACAUCAGCCUCAAGCCAGCCAAGAAAUACAAAUUCCACUGACGGACGUUCCCUCCAAGGCAUCGUCCUCUACCCUGCUGCCUGAGGCAUGGAGGGACAGCCCUGAGGCCUUCUACACUCCUCUAACUGGAACUAACCUACCACUGGGAGUCAGCAUGCUGCUGUCAGCCUCUAAUUAUAGCAUGAUGCUACAGAGGAGCCUGUUCAGCAACACUGUUUGUGUAACCCUCCAAAUUGUCCCUCCGCAGCCAGGAGCCAGCCAUCGCUAUGGCAAAUUUGACCAACCCUGCAACUGUGUGUCCUGGACCUCUCUGCCAUUCCUUGCAUGGGGAUGUUUUUAUAGCUAAAGUGUGGCUAGUGCAGUUCACAGCUGUCUUUUUAAAUGUGUGUGCAGUGGUGUUGAUUGUGACAGUUAGUAAAGAUGGUGUGAAUCUGUGGAA